UUAGGUCGUGACCUGACACAGUGCAUUGUGGGAUACUCGUCCCAGAAUAGUGUUCAGUGUUUUCACACUUUGAUAUUUCACCGAAUGUAGUGGGUCAUCUGAGCUUUAGUACACACUUUUAUAGAGAUAUGGUUUCGGACAUGCUAAUACUAUUUUGACAUCCUAAAUGCCUUUUCAUAAUUUCAAGAAGGGUUGUCUAACAGUGCAACACAGUGAAUUUAUCUACCUACGGUUUGCGAUGUUUGGGAUGGGGUAAAGGUGCGUCGAUGAGUUGGGCAGCCGCAUACGGAGCAGUGGGUAUGCCCUGUGGACGCCUGCCCCGGCCCGUUCAGCACAGGAACACGACAGUGGGGAGAACAACGGCAGUAUCCACCUAACCAUUGAAAUACGUGUACACCAGUGUACACUGUUUGCUGUUUCACAAGACGCUGGCUGUACUACAUUAUGUAGACGGCAGUGUUUCCCCCUUUAGUUUUUGCAAAUGAAAAUGGAGGAAAUGUCUCUGUCGGGCCUGGACAACACCAAGCUGGAGGCCAUAGCUCAUGACAUCUACUCAGACCUGGUGGAGGAUGCAUGCCUGGGCUUGUGUUUUGAGGUGCACCGGGCAGUCAAGCAAGGCUACUUCUUACUUGAUGAGACUGACCAAGAGAGCAUGAAGGACUUUGAAAUCGUGGACCAGCCGGGGGUGGACAUUUUUGGGCAGGUGUACAAUCAAUGGAAGAACAAGGAGUGCGUGUGUCCCAACUGCAGCCGCAGCAUUGCGGCCUCGCGCUUCGCCCCACACCUGGAGAAAUGCCUGGGAAUGGGCAGGAACAGCAGCCGCAUUGCCAACCGCAGAAUAGCCAGCAGCAACAAUAUGAACAAAUCAGAGAGUGACCAGGAGGACAAUGAUGACAUCAAUGACAAUGACUGGUCUUAUGGAUCUGAAAAAAAAGCCAAGAAGAGAAAGUCAGAUAAGAAUCCAAAUUCUCCCAGAAGAUCAAAAUCCUUAAAACAUAAAAAUGGGGAAAUCAGUAGCAGCGUCAACGCUGACCCCUACAAGUACAACUAUAACUCGGGCAUCAAUUACGAGACCUUGGGGCCGGAGGAACUGAGGUCUGUGUUAACGACGCAAUGUGGUGUGAUAUCAGAGCAUACCAAGAAGAUGUGCACACGGUCACUGCGGUGUCCCCAGCACACGGACGAGCAGAGGAGGACCGUCAGGGUGUUCCUCUUGGGGCCGGCCGCGUCGGCAUUGCCGGAUAUGGAUGGUGUUGAGGAGAGCGAUGGGUAUGAUGCCUCUGACGGACAGGCGCUGAUGAGCCGGCUGCACUGGGACGGAUCUUCAGACAUCUCCCCCUCCGAUUCGGCCUCCUCGAAAGCAAGCACCAACAACUCAGACUCCAAAAAGCCUAAGAAGAAGAAGCCUUCUCUGGGUCUGAACAGUGCUGGGGGAGGCGGAGGUGUAGGCGGAGCCGGGGGUGGAAGCAGCAGCUCACAAGGAGGUCUGGGCCCUUCAAACCGAAAGAAAAAACCCAAACUGGUCACGGGCCCCACCACCAGCAUCUACGAUGACAUGAACUAGCAUGUGCACCUCCCUCCUUGCCCGUCCCUGCCCCAGCAUAACGCUCGCUCCAGACCCAAGAUGGGCGUCAACGAGCAUGACGGUGAUGGCCAAACAAGGUUUUUUUUGUUUUUGUUUUUGUUUUUUUUAAUGUACAUUCUGACCUCUGACCCCUUAAGGCACAUGAAAACCCAUCCUUCUCUUUCUGCAAUAAUGUUCAUGGUCUCCACCUGUUUACCUAACAGUAGCCAAACAUACCCACAAGUAAGCCAUGACCCUUCAUGUUCUGUGAAGUCCACUCUGAGAGAAACAGGCAAUACCCAGAGGCGGGGGUUGUUGUUGACGUGGGUUUAACUUGGGUCACAGUCAAUCAAAACACUGGCGUUAUUGAGAGUCCUGUCCCGGCCUGGAUUCACAGUGCUAGCAGGAGGUUCCUGUAGAUUCGAAGGUCUUGUCUGGAAUCUCGCUGAAACAGUGAGCAUGUGUGUGGUCUGUGAGCAGGGGGAAUUUCACGCAGUCAAAAACCAUCAAAUCAAAGGGAGGAGGGGGUUCUGAAUCUGCCUCCUCGCACAGGUCACUAUCCGUGAUGUACCAAUGGCGUUUUCUCUGUGUUUUUAUUUCUACAUUUUUGUAAGGUGUGCAAGUCAUUCUGGAAGUGAAUGGAAGUGAACAGAGUUCACAAAGGGACAAUUUUUAUUUCAUGACCAUUGGAUCAUUCCUCGAGAUACAAUGAUUGUGCUUCUCUUUUCGAUUGCACUGUUCAAAGUGUUGGACCAAUCCAAAAUACUGGUGACAUUGAAACUCAUUAAGCUCACUUUUUGUUAUACUUUUACAUUUUUUUUUUUUUUUUGGGAUGUUUUGAGAUUAGAAAGAAGCCCUAAGACUCGACUGGCUGUUGGUAUGCCUGUGGCUGCUGGACAAGGCGAUCCAAAAAAAAAAAAAAAAAAAAGUGUGCCACAAAAGCUUUCGCACUUUGUCAUUGGCUGUACGUAAGCAUCCUCCAAUGGGGUUGCUGAUGUGUGGUAGUUGGGUGUGGCCAUUUGGACAAUGUGUUGCACAUAGGUGUUUGAGGACUGUGUGUGCAAGUGUAGCACUGAGUGUCUGUGAAGCUGCUUUUGGUUUGCAUGUUGGCGUGUGUGCGUGUGCAGGUUUACAUGCAUGUCUCUGAGCAUGCCGUUGUAUGUGUGCGUGUAAUUGGGUGAACCAUAUGCAUCUCAAAGGGGGUGCCGCUGUGUAUGUGUACGUGUGAGAGUAUUUGGGGUUUACAUGUACCAGUAUAAUCUGAGUAUGCCACUGUUUGGAUGUCUGUGAGAACGUGAGGUGGUAUUUGUGUACCUUUGGGUGUGCGUAUUGGUGCGUAUGCAUUUAUAGGUGUGUAUGGGUAUUGUGUUUCUUUUAUGCCUACCCAUGUGUGCGCGUGUAAAAGAAUCAUGAAUCAAUAUUUUGACAUGCGCAGUCUUGCCACUGCUUCUUGCAAAAUAAUGUUACAAACACAGUACAAUCUGCAUCGACUGGGCCUCUGCAACAGAACCUGCUUUGUGUAUAAUGUGUCUCGGAAAUGAUCAGCGUUAAAACAAUUGUGCUCAUGCACAUUGCUGGAAGUUUAAUGCUGUGUGUCUUUAUACCUCAAGUUUGAGAACGUUGACAUGAUCACUGUAGCAUGAAACUGCUUUUUAUUUCUGAUUAAUCUUCCUGUGGGUUGUGUGAUACCAAAAGGAAAUGCCUUUCCCCCCUUUGUAAUUCAAUUAUUCUCACUGCUGCAAACAAGAGACUUGAGACAUGCCUUUUUUGUCAAAUUUUUUCUUUUCACCUACCCGGGCUGCAGUAGUGUGGUCUAUUAUGGGCUUUAUUUUUUGGCUUAGGUUUCAGGGCAAAAUUAUAUUUUUCUUAAAUUAUGUAUAGUUAUAGCAGGUUGGUCAGGUUUUGAUGUAAUGAGUUUGUCUGUAGUUGCCCCUUUCAAAGAUAUCUAUUGAAAUGACAUUUUUGACUUAACUAAAUCAAAACUGAUAACCUGCUUUUUUUAAGGCAAUAUGCCUUGAAGGGACUAUUAGGCCAAAAGAAUGGGGAAAGCCUCUGUGUUUGUGAUCCUUACUGUGUUGCUUGGCAACAUGAGAAGAGUUGCCACCUCAUCUUGGUCUGAGUCCAUACAGGGGUAUUGGUAGCGAGACCAAAAAUUAACCCAAUUGAAACAGGACACCCCCCCCCCCCCCACCACCACCACCACCAACACACACAGACAUCAGUAUGUGCAUGUGUUUGUGUGUAUACAGACUUCAUGGUGUACAGCCAGCUUAUAUUGUUAAAAUAUUUUUUUCAUUUUUCUCAUAGUGUACUGUGGAUGCCUUUUCAUGUAAAUAAAAUCAAGUGUCUGUCA